AUGGAUCCCAAUAAUCAUUUUAACACUCAAAAUUCUGCUAAUUUUCGAUUUAACCAAAAUCCCAACAAUUUUCCAAAUCCCAACAAUUAUCAAAAUCCCAACUAUUAUCAAAAUCCAAAUCAAUUUUCCAACCAACAUCCUCAAAACAUACCUAAUUUUGGUUUUCCACCAAAUUUCAACCAGUCAUCCUCUGUUCCAAACUUUCAAACAUAUUAUGGAUCUAUGCCGAGAAAUCCAUCUCAAACACCCCCGUUUAAUGGUUAUGUGACAAUGGCGAAUGCAAAUUUUCCAAGUGGUGGUGUACCUGAAUUUCCCGAGUUUUCAACACAACUAACUAUUGGUGGCAUGAUAGUUUCUAAUGAAGUCGGUCCGAAUUCAGAGGAUUCAACUCCUAAGAGCAGGAAAACUCAGCAACCAGCAUGGAACAUUGAACAAAAUUUGGUGCUAAUUAGUGGGUGGAUUAAAUUUGGAACAAGUAGUGUUGUUGGGAGAAACCAGAAAGGUGAAACAUAUUGGGGUAAAAUUGCUGAGUAUUGUAAUGAGCAUUGCUCAUUCGAUCCUCCGCGUGAUGGACCUGCAUGCCGAAACCGUUUUAAUUAUAUGAACAAAGUGUUGGGUAAAUGGAUUGGCGCUUAUGAUGGCGCUAAGCGUAUGCAAGGAAGUGGUUGGUCGGAGAAUGAUGUUUUGGCAAAAGCGCAGGAAUUAUAUGCAUGUGGGAAGAAUGUUAGAUUCACUUUAAUGGAAGAAUGGCACGCUCUCCGUGAUCAACCACGUUAUGGUAGUCAAGUAGGAGGAAAUAUUGGCUCAGGAAGUAGUGGAUCUAAGAGAUCUCGCGAGAGUGAUGCAUGUGGCUCAAACACUGUAGAAUCCAGUGCUCGUCCUAUAGGAAGGGAGACAGCUAAAAAAAAGGGUAAAAAGAAAAGCAAGGAUAAAACCAAGAAAAUGAAGAUGUAUCUAAAGCUAACUUCUGAAGAGCAUCUAGAUGACCGGAAGAACCAGCUGUUGAAAAAGUUGGAAGCCUACAAUCAAAAUCGUGAAAUUGAAGAAAAUUAUAUAGUCAAUCGAUUUAGAGAGCGUAGAAACAAAAUAUCGGAAGAUAAUGCACCUCAUAGUAGAAAAUAUCUCAAUAGAGAUCAUGCAGCGGCAAACCAAAGACUAAUUGACGACUACUUUGCCAAUGAGCCUACAUAUGACGAUGCAAUGUUUCGUCGUCGGUACCGGAUGAAAAAAAAUGUUUUCCUUCGAAUCGUUGGGGACCUUUCAAGUAGUGAUAACUACUUCACCCAGCGAGUUGAUGCAGCUGUAAACAAAACGACAACCACAGCAGCCAAUAAAGAAGGUAUAUCACCCUUAGCAAAAUGUACCACAGCAAUGCGAAUGUUAGCAUAUGGUGUGGCAGCAGAUGCGGUCGAUGAGUACAUCAAAAUAGGAGGUACUACAGCAUUGGAGUUGUAUCUGAGAGCACCAACCCAAGAUGACCUGCAAAGAAUACUGCAUGUUAGUGAAAUGCGGGGGUUCCUAGGGAUGAUUGAGAGUAUUGACUGCAUGCACUGGGAGUGGAAAAAUUGUCCUAAAGCAUGGGAAGGACAAUUUACUAGAGGGGAUAAGGGAACCACCACAGUUAUUCUUGAAGCAGUUGGAAAGGCUCCAAGUGUGAAUUUCUUUGUGAAUCAACGUCCAUAUAAUAUGGCAUACUAUCUAGCUGAUGGUAUCUACCCUUCUUAUCCAACUUUCUUCAAAUCGAUUAGACUUCCUCAAAGUGAACCCGAUAAAUUAUUUGCAAAAUUUCAGGAGGGAUGUCGGAAGGACAUCGAACGUGCAUUUGGAGUGCUCCAAGCUCGAUUUAAAAUCAUCUGUGAACCAGCUCGCUUGUGGGACAUAGCUGAUUUGGGUAUCAUCAUGAGGUCAUGCAUCAUAUUACAUAAUAUGAUUGUUGAGGAUGAACGAGAUUCAUAUUCUCAACGUUGGACCGAUUUUGAGCAAUCUGGGGAAAGUGGAUCUAGUGCACCACAACCAUACUCGACCGAGGUGUUACCCGCUUUUGCAAAUCAUGUGCGUGCUAGAUCAGAGUUCCGUGAUCCAAAUGUUCAUCAAGAAUUGCAAGCCGAUCUAGUGAAGCACAUAUGGACAAAGUUUGGAAUGUUCCGUGAUUGAAUUAUUUGUGUGUUGUAUUGCAUUUUAAAUUAUUUGUAUCGUACUAAUUACGUUACUUGUGUGUUGUAUUGCAUUUUAAAUUAUUUGUAACGUACUAAUUACGUUAAU